AUGGAGCAGAUCCCUCCACCUAAGGAGGUGAAGAUCCUCGAAACUGCGGAGGAUAUUCAAGAGCGACGUGAACAGGUGUUAAACCGCUAUGAAGACUUCAAGCAAGAGGCUCGCGCCAAGCGUGAGAAGUUGGAAGACUCUCGCCGCUUCCAAUACUUCAAACGUGACGCUGAUGAACUGGAAUCCUGGAUUCAAGAGAAGCUCCAAGCUGCUAGCGAUGAGAGCUACAAAGACCCUACUAAUUUACAGGCCAAGAUUCAAAAGCACCAGGCUUUCGAAGCCGAGGUGGCUGCUCAUUCCAACGCGAUCGUGGUCCUGGACAACACUGGCAGUGAAAUGAUCUCAGCUGGCCAUUUCGCUUCUGAAACAAUUCGCAAGAGACUCGAUGAACUACACCGUUUGUGGGAGCUCUUGUUGUCAAGACUCGCUGAGAAAGGCAUGAAGCUGCAACAGGCCUUAGUUCUGGUUCAGUUCUUGCGGCAUUGCGAUGAAGUUAUGUUUUGGAUUCAUGACAAGGAGACAUUUGUUUGCGCUGACGAGUUUGGAUCAGACUUGGAGCAUGUUGAAGUAUUGCAGCGCAAAUUCGAUGAAUUCCAAAAGGACAUGGCAGCUCAGGAGUAUCGUGUCACAGAAGUUAACCAGCUCGCCGAGCGGCUUGUGCUGGAGGGUCACCCUGAGAGGGAAACCAUUGUAAAGAGGAAGGAUGAACUCAACGAGGCCUGGCAGCGUCUCCGUCAGAUGGCGCUCAUGCGCCAGGAGCGUUUGUUCGGCGCACACGAGAUACAGCGCUUCAACCGUGACGCCGAUGAGACCAUCGCAUGGAUCUCCGAGAAAGAUGUCGUCCUGGGAUCUGAUGACUAUGGUCGGGACUUGGCGACUGUUCAGACUUUGCAGCGUAAACACGAGGGUGUAGAACGUGAUCUCGCCGCACUCGAAGACAAAGUAGCAACUCUGGAUGGAGAAGCGGCGCGCCUGGCCGGCAUACACGCGGACCACGCGCCCGCCAUACACUCCAAGCGUGACGAGAUUACACAGGCUUGGCAACGACUUGUACAAAAGGCUCAGGAGCGUCGUACUGAACUGGAAUCUUCACACGCCCUGCACCGCUUCCUGGCCGACUACCGCGACCUCAUCUCCUGGAUGAGUGACAUCCGCGCGCUCAUCGCCGCCGACGAUCUCGCCAAGGACGUGCCCGGAGCUGAAGCUCUGCUUGAAAGACAUCAGGAACAUAAGGGCGAGAUGGACGCACGCGAGGACGUGAUGAACGCGUGCGUGAGCAGCGGGCAGGCGCUGGUGGAGGGCGGGCACCGCGGCGCCGCAGAUGUGCAGGCCGCGCUGGACGCGCUGCGCCGCGACCGCGCCGCGCUGCACGCGCUGUGGGAGCAGCGCCGCGUGCUCUACCUGCAGUGCAUGGACCUGCAGCUCUUCUACCGCGACACCGAGCAGGCUGACGCAUGGAUGCAUAAGCAGGAGGCCUUCCUCGCUAACGAGGAUGUCGGCGACUCCCUGGAUUCAGUAGAAGCCCUUCUUAAGAAACACGAGGACUUCGAGAAAUCUCUUGCGGCUCAAGAAGAGAAGAUCAAGGCUCUGGACGAAUUCGCCACCAAGUUGAUUGAAGGGCAACAUUAUGCUGCUGACGAUGUCGCCCAACGUAGGGAGAUGUUGCUGGAACGUCGCGCCGCUCUUCUAGAAAAAUCCGCCCAACGCCGCGCUCUAUUGGAAGACGCCUACAAGUACCAACAAUUUGAACGUGAUUGUGACGAAACAAAGGGAUGGAUUAAUGAGAAGCUCAAGUUCGCCACCGACGACUCGUACCUCGACCCGACUAACUUAAAUGGCAAAGUACAAAAGCAUCAGAACUUUGAGCAAGAAUUGCUAGCAAAUAAGCCUCGUGUAGACGAGAUCAACGCUCUCGGCAGCAAGCUGUUGGAGCAAGAGCACUUUGCCAAACCUCAAAUCGAGGCCCGCGUAGACGAGCUCGGCUCUCUAUGGGAGAGAUUGGUGCAGGCGUCGGAACUGAAGGGCAACAAGCUGCAGGAGGCGGCCGCUCAGCAACAGUUUAACCGCGCCUCCGAAGAUAUAGAGCUUUGGCUCUCUGAGGUGGAAGGGCAACUGCUCAGUGAGGAUUAUGGCAAGGACCUGACAAGUGUUCAAAAUCUACAAAAGAAGCAUGCCUUGUUGGAGGCGGACGUGAGCUCGCACGCGGAGCGCAUCGACGCCCUGCGCGCUCAGGCCGAGCAGUUCAUUGAGAAGGGACACUUCGAUGCCGACAACAUCAAGGCUAAGAGGGAUGCUUUGGUUGCUCGUUAUUCCGCUUUGGACAAGCCUAUGGCGGUGCGUAAGCGUCGCCUGUUGGACUCUCUGCAAGCCCAGCAACUGUUCCGCGACCUUGAUGACGAGGCCGCUUGGAUCCGUGAAAAGGAACCCAUCAUUGCUUCUACUAAUAGAGGUCGUGACCUCAUCGGUGUGCAGAACCUGAUGAAGAAGCACCAGGCGGUCAUGGGCGAGAUGGCGCAGCACGAGGCGCGCGUGGAGGCGGUGCGCGCGGCGGGCGCGGCGCUGCGCGACGCCGGACACUUCGCCGCCGCCGACAUCGCGGCGCGCCUGCACGCGCUGCACGCCACCUGGACGCAGCUGCAGGAGAAGGCGCUCCAGCGCAAACAAGAUCUCGAAGAUUCACUCCAAGCACAACAAUACUUCGCCGAUGCUAAUGAAGCAGAAUCUUGGAUGCGAGAGAAGGAGCCAAUGGCCAACACCCAGGACUACGGCAAGGACGAGGACUCGUCCGAAGCUUUGCUGAAGAAGCAUGAGGCCCUGCUGUCUGAUCUUGAAGCCUUCGGUAACACUAUCAAGGCUUUGAGGGAGCAGGCCAAUGCUUGUCGUCAACAAGAGUCGCCGGUGGUGGACGUGUCGGGCAAGGAGUGCGUGGUGGCACUGUACGACUACGCAGAGAAGUCCCCGCGCGAGGUGUCCAUGAAGCGCGGCGACGUGCUCACACUGCUCAACUCUAACAACAAGGACUGGUGGAAGGUAGAAGUGAAUGAUCGCCAAGGAUUUGUACCAGCUGCUUACGUUAAGAAGAUUGAUGCUGGGUUAUCUUCCUCGCAGCAGAACCUCGCUGACUCCAGCUCAAUCGCCGCAAGACAAACGCAGAUCGAGGCGCAAUAUGACAACCUGUUGGCUCUGGCCCGCGAACGCCAGAACAAACUCAACGAGACUGUUAAAGCGUACGUGCUUGUUAGAGAGGCAGCUGAGCUCGCGACAUGGAUCAAGGACAAGGAAAUGCACGCUCAAGUGCAAGACGUGGGAGAGGACUUGGAGCAAGUGGAGGUGAUGCAGAAGAAGUUCGACGACUUCCAGAACGACCUGCGCGCGAACGAGGUCCGCCUCGCCGAGAUGAACGAAAUCGCCGUGCAGCUCAUGACCGUGGGCCAGACGGAGGCUGCGCUGAAGAUUAAGACUCAGAUGCAGGAGUUGAACUCAAAAUGGACGUCGCUGCAACAACUGACGGCAGAGCGCGCGGCGCAGCUGGGCUCGGCGCACGAGGUACAGCGCUUCCACCGCGACGUGGACGAGACCAAGGACUGGAUCGCGGAGAAGGAGCAGGCGCUCGCCACCGACGACCUCGGCCGCGACCUGCGCUCCGUGCAGACUCUGCAGCGCAAACACGAAGGUCUAGAACGCGACCUGGCCGCCCUCGGCGACAAGAUCCGGCAACUGGACGACACCGCCAACCGCCUCAUGUCCACGCACGGGGACUCCGCCGACGCCACCUACAGCAAGCAGCGCGAGAUCAACGAGGCCUGGCACCAGCUGCAGGCGCGCGCCAACGCUAGGAAGGAGAAACUGCUCGAUUCUUAUGAUUUGCAAAGGUUCCUGUCUGACUACCGCGACCUUAUGGCUUGGAUCAAUUCAAUGAUGGCGCUGGUGAGCUCUGAAGAGCUUGCCAACGACGUCACAGGCGCCGAAGCUCUCCUCGAACGUCAUCAGACCCAGCGCUUGGAGAUAGACGCGCAUUACGGCAUUACGCCGCAGGAACAUCGUACGGAAAUGGAUGCUCGCGCCGGUACAUUCCAAGCUUUGGAGUUGUUCGGACAGCAGCUCUUGCAGGGCGGCCAUUAUGCCAGUGUGGAUAUACAGGAUAAACUCAAUGCUAUGGCCGAUGCUAGACAAGAUCUUGAGAAAGCGUGGGUGGCGCGGCGCAUGAAGCUGGACCAGAACCUGGAGCUACAGCUGUUCUACCGCGACUGCGAGCAGGCGGAGGCGUGGAUGGGCGCGCGCGAGGCCUUCCUCGCGCCGCCACCCACCGCCGACGCGCCCGACGGCGUCGACAACGUCGAGCAGCUCAUCAAGAAACACGAGGACUUCGAUAAGGCCAUCAAUGCUCAUGAGGAAAAGAUCGCUCAACUGCAGACCCUUGCUGACCAGCUCAUCGCUUCAGACCACUACGCUGCCGAUCCCAUCGACAAGAAGCGCAAGCAGGUGCUGGACCGUUGGCGUCAUCUCAAGGAAGCUUUAAUUGAGAAGAGAUCUAGGUUGGGAGACGAACAAACUCUACAACAGUUCUCGCGUGAUGCUGAUGAAAUGGAGAACUGGAUCGCCGAAAAGUUGCAACUGGCUACGGAGGAAAGCUACAAGGACCCAGCCAAUAUCCAAUCCAAGCACCAAAAACAUCAAGCGUUCGAAGCAGAGUUGGCGGCCAACGCCGAGCGCAUACAAUCAGUGCUCGCUAUGGGUGGAAAUCUCGUUCAGCGCGGACAGUGCAGCGGAAGUGAAGACGCCGUGCAGGCUCGCUUGGCAUCCAUCGCCGAUCAAUGGGAGUUCCUUACCCAAAAGACUACUGAGAAAUCGCUCAAGCUGAAGGAGGCCAACAAACAGCGCACGUACAUCGCCGCUGUUAAAGAUCUUGACUUUUGGCUCGGAGAGGUUGAGAGUCUCCUCACAUCUGAAGAUAAUGGCAAAGACCUUGCAUCAGUGCAAAAUCUCAUGAAGAAACACCAACUGGUUGAAGCUGACAUUCAAGCCCAUGAGGACAGAAUUAACGACAUGAACGCGCAAGCGGACGCGCUGGUCUCGUCGGGGCAGUUCGACAGCGCCGGCAUCGGAUCGCGGCGCGAGGCCAUCAACGAGCGCUUCGAGCGCGUGCGCGCGCUGGCUGCGCACCGCCGCGCGCGCCUGCACGAGGCCAACACGCUGCACCAGUUCUUCAGGGACAUUGCUGAUGAGGAGUCUUGGAUCAAGGAGAAGAAACUCCUAGUAGCAUCAGACGACUACGGUCGCGAUCUAACCGGUGUGCAGAAUCUGCUCAAGAAACACAAGCGUCUCGAAGCCGAGCUCGCCAGCCACGAGCCCGCCGUGCAAGCGGUCCAAGAGGCUGGAGAAAAGUUGAAGGAUGUCAGCAAUGUGGGUGUAGCCGAGAUUGAGCAGCGACUGCGAGCGCUCGCUACAGCGUGGGAUGCGCUUGAAGCGCUUGCGGCAGAACGCGGCGCCAAGCUGCAGCAGUCGUUAGCGUACCAGCAGUUCUUGGCCAAGCUGGAUGAAGAAGAGGCUUGGAUCAGUGAGAAACAACAGCUCGUAGUAGUGAGCGAGUGCGGCGACAGCAUGGCCGCAGUGCAAGGUCUGCUCAAAAAGCACGAGGCUCUGGAAGCCGAGCUGGCCGCCAGAGGCGAGCGCGUGCGAGACCUGUCCGCCGAGGGAGAACAGUUGUUAGCCGCCGGAAACCUACAUUCUGAGGCACUUUCCCAUAGAUUGGAUCAGCUAAAGGCUAAACUGGAGAAGCUGACAGCCCUAGCGGCGCGUCGCAAGGCGGCUCUCGUGGACAACUCCGCCUACCUGCAGCUGCUGUGGAAGGCCGACGUCGUCGAGUCCUGGAUCGCGGACAAGGAGACCCACGUCCGCUCUGACGAGUUCGGGCGAGAUCUCUCUACUGUGCAGACGUUGCUCACUAAGCAGGAUACGUUUGAUGCUGGUUUAGCCGCGUUCGAGCAUGAGGGUAUACAGAACAUCACAGCGCUGAAGGAGCAGCUGGUGGCGGCGGGGCACGAGCAGAGCGCGGCCAUCUCGCGCCGCCACGGUGACGUGAUCGCGCGCUGGCAGCGCCUGCUGGCCGACUCGGCCGCGCGCAAGCAGCGCCUGCUGCAGUUGCAAGACCAGUUCCGCCAGAUCGAGGAGCUGUACCUCACUUUUGCUAAGAAGGCAUCUGCAUUCAAUUCCUGGUUCGAGAAUGCUGAAGAAGAUCUUACGGACCCCGUUCGCUGCAACUCCAUUGAGGAAAUACGAGCUCUACGUGACGCGCACGCGCAGUUCCAGGCAUCGCUGUCGUCCGCUCAAAGCGACUUCGAGGCGCUGGCGGCGCUCGACGCACAGAUUAAGUCGUUCAACGUGGGCGCUAAUCCCUACACCUGGUUCACUAUGGAAGCCUUGGAGGAGACCUGGCGUAAUCUGCGCAAGAUUAUAGCGGAACGCGACGUUGAACUCACAAAGGAGGCUCAGCGUCAAGAGGAGAACGACAAACUGCGCAAGGAGUUCGCAAAGCACGCCAACGCCUUCCACCAAUGGCUUACCGAGACGCGGUACCGGCUGCUAGGCUGGGACGGUACGUCUAUGAUGGAGGGCACCGGGUCCCUGGAGGCGCAACUGGCCACUCUGCGACAACGUGCCACAGAGGUGCGUGCUCGACGAGCUGACUUACGUCGCCUGGAGGAACUUGGCGCGGCACUAGAGGAGCACCUGAUCCUGGACAACCGCUACACGGAGCACAGCACGGUGGGGCUCGCGCAGCAGUGGGACCAGCUCGACCAGCUGUCCAUGCGCAUGCAGCACAACCUCGAGCAGCAGAUACAGGCCAGAAACCACUCGGGUGUAAGUGAAGAUGCACUCAAGGAGUUCUCGAUGAUGUUCAAGCAUUUUGAUAAGGACCGCUCCGGACGUCUCAACCACCACGAGUUCAAGUCGUGUCUGCGCGCGCUUGGGUACGACCUGCCCAUGGUAGAGGAGGGCCAGCCCGACCCUGAGUUUGAGGCUAUACUCAACGUUGUGGAUCCGAACCGCGACGGACAAGUGUCCUUACAAGAGUACAUGGCGUUCAUGAUCAGCAAGGAGACUGAGAACGUGCACUCGUCCGAGGAGAUCGAGAACGCUUUCCGCGCCAUCACCGCGCACCAGGACCGCGCCUACGUCACCAAGGAGGAGCUGUAUGCUAACCUUACAAAGGAAAUGGCGGACUAUUGCGUGGCUCGUAUGAAGCCAUAUGUGGAUGCGAAGACCGAGCGCCCCAUACCCAACGCGCUCGACUACAUCGACUUCACCCGCACGCUCUUCCAGAAC